AUGGCCCAAUGUCCGAAUGAUUCCACUCCAACGCUGCCGUGGGAUGCUUCCACGACUCGACUCCCCCAGAUGGCCAGAUCGUCCUGUCCUCGAAUCACGCUGACGAAGCUCAUGAAGCUGCAGUCGACGAGACCGUGCUCGCAUGGAGUUGGAGACGAAGCAGCGCAGAGACAUGCGUGCGACGAGCGUGCCGAGUCCAACUCCAAAUGGUGGUGUCCAGCUAAAAGUACAGCAGGACAAGGGCCUCCUAGCUGGACGAAUGACUCCGACGUUUUGACAGAUCGACUUGGUCCAGCGAGCUUUGUACGAGCGUGGGCAAGUGUUUCUACGAGAAUACGACUUGGAAACCAUGGCAUUGGCAUCCAAGCGCACAACUGCACAUCUCUACUUUGA